GUUCAACUUAUACGGUAGACUUCUGCUUCUAAGUGUAUCUUGUUUGUUUUGCCUUAAAAUUCACGCUCAAUAAAUUCCACAAUAAUUGAACGUUGGUUAAUUCAAUAAAAAAUGUAAAUAAAAUGCGGCUUAUUCCGUCAUCACAAUCAGAAUUCCAAGGGGCCCGGCACCCUUUGACAUCCACUGUUCCAUCAUGGAGCACUAUGAUUUGAUGUCACACAAAAAUGGCCGCCAAAGAAAACAAACAGGUGGCUCCCUCCAUCCACAAACCAUGAACGACAAUGCCAAAGCAGAGAUGAGCAUCUCUGAGACAGAACUAGAGGGGGAAAUUGACAGCCUCAUCGCGGGGUCGGACUUUGAGGACAGAAGGCACCCCAGGAUCCAUGAUGGGAUUCGGGCCGAGCUGGGGAACGUGUGCCUUCUUCUUUUCCUCUACGUUCUACAAGGGAUUCCUCUUGGACUGGCUGGCAGUAUUCCGUUGAUUCUACAGAGUAAGAACGUCAGCUACAAGGACCAAGCCAUCUAUAGCUUUGUUUUUUGGCCUUUUAGUCUCAAGCUGGUGUGGGCACCACUAGUGGACGCACUUUACUUCAGCAGGUUUGGUAGAAGGAAGUCCUGGCUGGUCCCCACACAGUAUCUGUUGGGCAUCUUUAUGCUUUACCUGUCUUUAAGAGUUGACUCAAUGCUGCAGGGUGAAGGAGGCCCUAACGUGGUUGCAGUUACUUCACUUUUCUUCAUGCUGGCAUUUCUUGCAGCUACACAGGACAUAGCAGUGGAUGGCUGGGCCCUCACUAUGCUCUCCAAAGAGAACGUAGGCUAUGCUUCUACAUGCAACUCAGUGGGCCAGACAGCUGGUUAUUUCCUGGGUAAUGUCCUCUUCUUGGCUCUGGAGUCUGCUGACUUCUGCAACAAAUACCUGAGAAUCGAGCCUAAGGAGACCGGCAUUGUCACCUUGUCAGACUUCUUGUUUUUUUGGGGAAUGAUCUUCCUUAUUUCUACCACAUUGGUAGCCCUCCUUAAAAGUGAAAACGCGCAUUCCAAAGGCAAGAGGAAAGCUCACGAGGAGACGGAGGGUGUUUUUGAAACCUACAAGUUGCUGUUCACGAUCAUCAAGAUGCCUGCAGUUUUCACCUUCUGUGUGCUGCUUCUCACUGCCAAAAUCGGCUUCUCUGCAGCAGACACGGUGACAGGUCUGAAGCUGGUGGAGGCCGGCGUUCCGAAGGCUCAGUUAGCAUUGCUGGCGGUGCCGAUGGUGCCUCUACAGAUCCUUUUACCGGUGGUGAUCAGUAAAUACACAGCAGGGCCCAGACCGCUGGAUAUCUUCUACAAGGCCUUCCCUUUCAGGUUGAUCAUUGGCCUGGUGUUUGCUGUGCUUGUUUGGUGGACCCCGAGUGUGAGACAAGAGGAAGGAUUUCCUGUUUACUACUACGGGGUUGUGCUGCUUGGCUACGCAUUGCAUCAGGUGACUUUGUACAGCAUGUACGUGGCAUGCAUGGCUUUCCACGCCAAAGUGAGCGACCCACUCAUCGGCGGCACUUACAUGACACUGCUGAACACGGUCACUAACCUGGGAGGCAACUGGCCCUCCACUGUGGCUCUGUGGUUGGUCGAUCCUCUCACCUGGAAGGAGUGCCGCGGCGCAGUCGGGCAACAAACGUGUGCUUCUCCCGAGGCAGUAGCGCUGUGCAUCAAAGAGGGCGGCGCGUGUACCACAACGUUGGACGGCUACUACGUGGAGUCGUUGGUGUGCGUGGUGAUCGGGCUGGCCUGGUGGGUGUGGUUAGGGAAGAAAAUGAGAAGGCUGCAGGAGCAGAGUCCUGCUGCUUGGAGGUGCAGAGUUCCACUCAGUGACUGAAUCACUCACAUCUUUUCCUGCAUCGGCAGACAUGGAAUGCUGGACGUCAAACUCUUGUUUUUUUUACGGCCUUUUCUUUGCUGGCUGCAAUAACCAAAUCAGAGCACCAUGUAAUCUUUUAUGUGAACAGAUGAAAAAUAUACUGUAAAAACUAUGCAACAUGCCUAGACACUUAUUUUUAGUCUGUAUUAAAUUAUUGCUAUUAUGGACAUCUGCAAAAUAUAUGAGCUCCAAUGCGUCAUGCGUCUCUUGUAUUGUACUAGUGUGGAAAAAUAUGUAUUUUUUUUAAUGCAUUUAAUUCAACUUAACAUCAUUAGGGUUCCAAAGGGGCCAGAUAGUUCAGUAAAGAAGGUCAGUUGAUCAACCAAAAAUAUUGUUAAACGUUUUCAGUAGGGGUGUGACGGGACACGAGAUCUACAAGGACGAGAUGAGAUAUUAACAUUACUUUUAAGGAUAGUACAACAAAAAAAGUAUACAACAAUAUAUAGCAAUCUUCUAAUUUACCUUGCAUUGGGCCUCACAAGGCUACACUCUUCUGUACUCAGCCUCCACCUACCAAGACAAAGAGACUAUAUGACUGACAAAAUGGCUCACUGUAUUUAUCUCAUUGUAACAAAUGCAGCAAGGUGCUGAAACCAGAGUGAACUUUCCUGCUGCCUGUUUGGAUGUGGUAAAAUUAUGAAGUUUAUUUUUAUUUCUUGUGUGAUUAAUUAAUUAUUCUCCCAGGCUAAGGGCCCACAAGAGGUUUUUUCUGAAUGAAUCUUGUCACAUUUUAAUCUUGCAAGCUCUUGCAACACACCUAAUAUUUUGUAUGAAAUAAAAAUUUAAGAAAUCUACAUUAAGAUUUAAUAUAAAACACUAAAUUAAUUCUGUACCGCUUUUCCUCACGAGGGUCGCGGGGGCCUAUCCCAGCUGUCUUCGGCCGAGAGGCGGGGUACACCCUGGACUGGUCGCCAGCCAAUCACAGGGCACAUAUAGACAAACAACCAUUCACACUCACAUUCAUACCUAUGGACAAUUUAGAGUCGCCAAUUAACCUAGCAUGUUUUUGGAAUGUGGGAGGAAACCGGAGUACCUGGAGCAUGCACGGGGAGAACAUGCAAACCCCACACAGAGAUGGCCGAGGGUGGAAUUGAACCCUGGUCUCCUAGCUGUGAGGUCUGCGCGCUAACCACUAGACCGCCGUGCCGCACCUAACAUUUUGUAUGAAAUAAAAUUUUAAGAAAUUAAAAGAAAAAUUAUAUUAAGAUUUUAUAUAAAACACUAAAUUCAGCCAAUUAAAAAAAACUAAGCUACUAUUUUUUCCCACCAUACAUUUAAAUUCCCAAUCAUAGCUCAACAUGAUACAUUGUAAAGUUCCAGUUUAAUCCUUUCUUCCCAAUGUAUUCCCAAUUUCCAGCUUUGGCAACCCUAAUAUUGAUGCUUUAUUCCGAUUUAAAUGUACAAAGAGCCUGUUUGAGUACCAGUGUUGAUUUAUUUUGAGUAGGAUUCCAUUCAUAUGAAGUCAUACUGUAUGUGCCUUGUUUAGUGAGUGUGAAGACACGAUUUAAAACUAUUUCACUGCAUUUUACAUUCCUUUUUUUGCAGCUGUAGAAGUUGCCGCAUUGCAGCUUUACACCCGUGGAACAAUUGGCUCAGAAGUUACCAAAGUUUUAAGACUAGAUGCUUUUUUUUUUGUAACACAUUGUAACUGUAGUUCUCUGUUCUCUAGUUGCUGCUACGUGGUGCACUUAAUUUUGUCUCAGUUGCUUCAAUACCAAUGACCCAAUGAAAAUAUAAAUGACCCAAUAUUAUUAUUAUUAUGAACACCCCUUCUAUAAAGCCCAUCAAGCUUAACACUACAGUGUCAGCAUUUUAACAUGUUUUAAAAGUCAUUUCGUAAAUGACAGGAAACGUUACGUUAACGUUAAAUUGAGGUUCUCAAUUAUUAUUACAAAAAAAUAUACGGUGGGAUGUACAGUAAAGCUUGAUGUUGUGACUUGAAAUAAAUCAAAGAUGAAAAAAAAAUACAAAAACAGUAUUUUUUUGUUUUAUUAUAAUUUUUUCCCCUUGUUAAGCAGGAAUUUUAAAACAGCCCCAUGUGUUUUUUUUCUUUCUUUUGAGCAUUCAAACUCCAGAUCAACUGGUCGCGCUGGGAGAAGAGACCGAUGGUGUAUUGAUGAUGUAUUAAUAAUCCAAUUCGAAGAGCGGAUAAAUGGAUAAGCCUCCAAGCCGAAGUCAUCUAUAACACGGACUAAAGUCAACAUGAUGUAUGUGUGAUGUAUUUCUGAGGCUCUCUGAUUCUUAAUCGAUGCAUAACGCAAAAGCUACAGUCAAUACUUG